CACUGACGGGCCUGGAAGUACAAAACUGUCGAGGUUUGAAAAUUUCACUAAGGUCACGUGCGUCCGUAAUGGGUCGUCUUCAAAUUUGAAGCGUUGUUUGCCAUUCCUUCGCAGUAAGCUUUGGUCAUCAACAUGGCAAGCUUCAAGUACUGUUCGGAAUGCAACAACAUGUUGUACCCGAGAGAAGACAAGACUAAUCGCAAACUACUAUUUGCUUGCCGCAACUGUCAUUUCGAAGAGGAUGCUGAUAACAACUGCGUUUACCGACACGAAAUCGUGCAUGCUCCUUCUGAACAAACCAUGGUGUUGACUGAUCUUAGUGCUGAUCCCACUUUGCCACGAACCACUACUGCCUGCCCUCGUUGCGGUUACCAGGAAGCGGUGUUCUUCCAGUCGGCAGCGCGACGAGCAGAUACUAAAAUGACCCUUUUUUAUGUUUGCUGUAACAGGGCCUGCGGCCAUCGUUGGGUCGAUUAAUUUGUACAGUUCUGUUUCUAUCACUUCACAUACCUUUUUCCCUUUUAUAAAAUCUUCAAUAUACAUUCUCUCUCAUUGAACUAUUUGAGCCUAUAUGUCGCACUUGGUUCUAACAUUUUGGUU